CCGACGUGGGGCAGCGCCGAAGGGAGGCGGGCGCGGUGGGCGCCGCGGGUCCGCUGCCAGCGCCUCCGUCCGGGCGCAGGGGCAGCGCGUGAUUCCUAGUCCCGUGCGCGUUCUCGCGGGAGGCGCCGCUGUCUGCCCCUCCUUGGCGGGGACACUGGUCCCGAGGCGUAGUUGCCGGCCAAGUCCCCCAGCCGUGGGGGUCGACCCCGCCGUUAGCGUGCGACCCCAGGCUUCGCGCCCAGGCCGCGUGGCGUUUCUGGAAUCCACACCGGCCCGGAGGCUCCGGCCCGUGGGUCCAAGGGCCACCGGGACGCGCAGUGAGGACUUGGCCGACCUUGGCCUGGGCCGGGCUGCCUUCGCGGGGGGCGGGGGGCGGGGGGCGCGUCGCUGAGGGCGCGAGGCCUUCCCUCCGGCUGGCGUGACACCCUCGCGCACUUGGCCCGGGCGUCCGCUGGGCACCGCUGGACAAAGUUUCUGUCUGACCCGGGAGUACCGGGCCAAGGCCCUCCGUGGAGCAGAGCGGGUCUGCCGAGAGAGGCCGCGCGUCGGGGCGCGUACACUGCCCCUGCGGAAGGGGCUGCGGUGGCGCCAAGGAAAGAUCUCAUGCUCCCAGGAAUGGCCUGAUAUGAAGGAGUCAUACCUCCAGCUUUCCCAAGCUGCCUUGUGGGUGCCUUGUCCUUCAAGUGCAGGAGCUGGCUGAGCUGUCAGGAAUGGAAGCCAAUGUGACUAUCCCAAUCUGGCAAAACAAGCCACAUGGGGCUGCUCGGAGUGUGGUAAGAAGAAUUGGGACCAAUCUGCCCCUGAAACCUUGUCCCCGGGCAUCCUUUGAGACUCUGCCCAACAUUUCUGACCUGUGUUUGAGAGAUGUACCUCCAGUCCCUACUUUGGCUGACAUUGCCUGGAUUGCUGCAGAUGAAGAGGAGACAUAUGCUCGGGUCAGGAGUGAUACGCGCCCCCUAAGACACACUUGGAAGCCCAGCCCUCUGAUUGUCAUGCAGCGGAAUGCUUCGGUGCCCAAUCUGCGUGGGUCUGAGGAGAGGCUCCUGGCCCUGAAGAAGCCAGGCCUACCUGCCCUAAGCCGCACCACUGAGCUGCAGGAUGAACUAAGCCACUUGCGCAGCCAGAUUGCUAAAAUAGUGGCAGCAGAUGCAGCUUCGUCUUCAUUAACGCCAGAUUUCUUAUCUCCAGGAAGUUCAAAUGUCUCUUCUCCUUUACCUUGCUUUGGAUCCUCAUUCCACUCUACAACUUCCUUUGUCAUUAGUGACAUCACUGAGGAGACUGAGGGGGAGGUCUCUGAGCUUCCAACAAUCCCCCUGCUUUGUUCUGCCAGCCCUGAAUGUUGCAAACCAGAACACAAAGCUACCUGCAGUUCAUCUGAAGAGGAUGACUGCAUCUCCCUGUCUAAGGCCAGCAGCUUUGCAGACAUGAUGGGCAUCCUGAAGGAUUUUCACCGGAUCAAACAGAGCCAAGACCUAAGCCGGAGUUUACUGAAGGAAGAAGACCCUGCUGUGCUUAUCUCCGAGGUCCUUAGGAGGAAGUUUGCUCUGAAGGAAGAAGACAUUAGUAGAAAAGGAAACUGACAGCACUGACUGCAACCUCAGUCUCAUGCUCCUGACUCCUUCAAUAGCUGCCUUCCUCGCUGCAGAUGUCUCUGCCUCCGUUAGAAGUCUGCAAGUGUCUUGCCAACGAGCUAGGGCUUGGGCUGGAAGAGAAGAGCUGGAUUAUGUGUUACUUGCACUUAAACCUUGACUGAAGCUAAGGUUUGUGGUUUGAGUUUAGGCAUUUGUUACAGGUAAUCAAUCGGGUAGGGUGGAAUGUCUGUUUAAGAGGUGAAGUUUCUUGUUUUUCCUAGUCUCUGCGUGAAAAUAGGCCCUAAAUGAAUGACUCAGUUCACUGCAUUAGACUCCAUAAUUGGUCUACUGGACACUUUGUGCACAGCUGUCACUCUCAGCAGCAGCUUCCUUUCAGCACUACAAGGUUAAGGGGGAGUGGCUGUUUAUGUUCACAGGGACGAUCUUAUGCUGCUCCAUCAGAACCCACACCAGUGCCCAGCAGUCACCUUUUCCUCUAGCUAUGGCAGUCAGGCCACUGAACCAGCCAAUACUUGGCUGCUGCAGGGAGGCCUGGGCUAUUUUUUUCUUAAACAUUUUAUAAAACUACAACCAGAUCUACCCUCCAGGGCCUCAGCAGUUCUACUGAGUGAAAUUAUUUUCUUCCAUGGACUUAAGUCUGGGAAGGAGAAUUGGGGAGAGAAAAGAGCAUACUAUCCUUCUAAGACAAUAACCGAUUUCUCUGGGUUGGGCCAAGAUUUUAUUUUCUGCAUCGUGCAUGACUCAGGUGCCCUCAGGGCCCUUUUCUCUAAGAAUACUGUGUGUCUGAGUUGAAGUACUACCUGACAUUAAAUGAAGGAUUUGGAGAAAUGGUGCAUUUUCUUUAUCUAUCACUGAGUUUUGACCACAGUGGCCUUUGGGGAGGACUCCUGUUAAUUGUAAGUUAUGUGAGCUUAAACAGGCUCCUUACUUUCUUGCCUUUAGGACAGUGUUUCUCAACCUUCCUAAUGCUGUGUCCCUUUAAUACAGUUCUUCAUGUUGUGGUGACCCCCCCACCAUAAAAUUAUUCUGUUGCUAUUUUAUACUGUAA